AUGGCAAAUCUCCAGGGGAUUUUCAUGAAGAGUUCUCGGAACCCGGCCUCAUCCCCAUGGGCUCCCAACCACACCCACAAAAUCAGCGCUCUCCAGUAUACAGGCACGGCUCUUUCCCUUGCAAGGAGGGAAGUGGUCCAGGGAGUGGACGUGCUCGUUGCCACCAAUCUUCUCCUUUCGUUCGUGGAGAUGGAGAUGGGUACCUUCGAAGGACUGCGGCGCUAUCUGAAGAGCAUUGGGCAGUUGAUAUUCAGGACCCACCACAAGCUCGAAGUGCCUAAGUGCAGUUCAAAACUCCUACCUGGCAUCGCCAGCUCUCGGCCAAUAUUGAAGCACGUUGCUGGGCAAACUCAUCGACCAGACUUGGCAGGUGCGUGUGGCAAGUUGCUCGAGGAAUUGGGGUCCCUGUCGGCGCGUUUCCACGCCCGCAAGCCUCCGCGGGGACUUCCGCUGAGCGAGCUCGGCGAGGGUACCGUCGAUGUCCUGUCGACGGCCCAGAUGGAGAUACUCGGGGACAUUGAGCCGAUAUACUUUGAGAGUCACGAACAAGCCAUGGAGGCGGCCGACUAUGUUUUCUGCCGCCUCGUAUGCGACGACGCUCCCUUGCAACGACGCUCCCUUGCGACGACUCCUCGGCGGCCAGCAGCCCUUCCCUCCCCCGGCCUGUCGACCGAUUGGCCCUGCAAUGAGCCAAAGGAUAUGAUCAUCAUUGACGGCUUCUUGGACAGGCUGAUUGCCAUAGGCAGCGGCUGGGAGGACUCGACCUUCCCCACUGCCGUUACUCGGUCCAUUUUGGAGCUUACUCACCACCAGUUGGCUCGUGGGAGAACGAUCCUGCUGGCAUCGACGAUCGAAGGCGAGGUGACGGAGACGGAAACCAUUCAUGCAAGCGACAGAAUGACGGUCUACAGCCUCUAUGGCAUGGAGGUGGAUGGGCGCGCGUUUGAAGAGUUUGUGGACCUAACAUCAGACUCUGCAACGUAG